GGGGAAGAAAGAAGAACGAAGAAGAAGAAGAAGAAGAAGGAGGGAUGAGCUCGAGUGAGACGAGGCCGGUGCCGAGAAGAGAGAGCCCAUGGGGAAUGCCGGAGGGAGACCACCGCCAACCCAAGGCUCAUCGCUGCAAUGACAGAGCUGAGGAUGUCAUCCAAGCCUGUUUUGAAGGAAAUCCGUUUAAGACAGUCCCAGGACCUUUCAAGCUCUUCUGGCAGUGCAUGCGUUCUAAACCCGGGGAGGAACCAACAGAGCCGUAUGCGUAUCUGGAGCUGGAUCCUCCGAAGAGAGAGGUGAAGCUUGAGUAAAAGCUUUGAAGCAAAUUUUUUGUUAGGUUGAGUUUUGUGGUGUCUGAGUUCCAAGCAUCUGUUAUCAGUCAGUUGUUUAUCUAAUAAUCCAUAUAUGGAAACCAAGGCUAAUUAACCAGGGCUUUCUACAGAUUCUAAAGUCUUAGCUUCAAAAGUUUCUCUGGUGUUUUCUGCUUGCACCAUUUGUUGCAAAGCAAAACUUUUGUCAUUCUCUAUCAUCAUAUGAAUGGCAAAAUUUUCUUUUUUUAUCAU